UCAAAAAUUUAACAGAUAUUUACACAGAUAAUAAACUUUUAUAUUAUUAGUAUUUAUUAAAUUUUAGUUAAAAUGAAAGAAAAUAAUUAUAAGAAAUCAAUCUUUAAAUCUGAAUAAGUUAGCAGCUAAGAUGAACAUAAAAAGCAUAAUUAAUCAAUAAAAAUAUAAGAAUAUGCUGAGGAUGAUUCUUCCUCAACAAGAAAUAACUCAGUUUGCAAGAAUUGCCAAAAAUUUGAAGUCUUAAUGAGGAAAAUGAUUAAAGAAAAAGAAUAGCUCCUUUAUGAAAUUAAGUACAAAGAUAUAGCUUUGCAAAAAAGAGAAGAAUUAAUGACUCAUUACGCUACUGAAAGCCAAAGCUUAAAACAUCAAAUAUUAAACUUGAAGAAUAGGAUUUCUAAACUUGAAUCUUAAAUUGAGCAGCAAUAACCUGAUUAUACAGCAAGAAGUUUUUUUUCUAAAAAUUCUUAGAAUAUUUUAAGGUCUGCAUCCAUAAAUUCUGCAUAGAAAAUUGAAACAGAUGAAAAGACUGAAAAGCAAAUAAAAUAAAAAGAACUGGCAAAUUAAAUCUAAGAAGCUGUUCGCAAUCUUUAAAAAUAAUAACUAAGUAAUAAAGAAGUAGAAUAAAGUAAGUAAAUACAUAGCUAACAAAAUAAUUAAAAUGAUAAAGAGAUAAAAAUUGAAGAUUAGACUUUAAAAUAGAACAAUUAAGCGCUACAAAAAUAAGCAACUUUUUAAAAGCAAGAUAGCACUAAAAAUUUAUAUAAAUUAGAGGUGCCUAAUUCAUAAAAUAAGGCUUUUGUGGAUCUAUCAAAAGGGUUUCCAAAAGUCAUAAAAAGCAAUUAAAGCGAUAAAAACAAAACUGUACCUAAUGAAAAUUCAAGUUUUUACAAUAGAGAAUAAGAUAAAAUGUUUAAUUAUGAUAAAUAUGAGCACUUUAUACUCAAAAGUAACACCGAGAAAAAAGUUUAACCUUAUUUAUAAUAAUAGCCUUCUGCUUACAAAAAUCCUACAAUUAAGAUAAAAAAGAGACAAAGAAUUGCUUAAAGUGUAUCUGACAUUACUUCUGCACAAAGAGUAAUGACUUCAUAUACUCCAACAAAAUUUGUUGAAAGAGAUUAAAUUUAAAGGGAAUAAGAUGCUAAAAUUAUCAUUAAUAAAAUGAGUACAAAAAAUUUAGAAAUUAGUUAAGAAUAAGACUCUACUAAUAAAAUUUAACAAUAAACAAAUGUAAGACCAAGUUCAAGUAUCUGUAAAUUAAACAAUGGCCACGAUUCAUUAAAUCAAUAGUUUACUACUGAAAACUAAAAAAGGCCAUACUCAGGAACUGUUAUACCUGAAAAUAAAAACGAAAAAAUUAAUUUUAUUUAAAAUUAGUAAAAUACUUAAGCUAAAACUACCUAAGGUGGCAGUGAAAUAAAUAAAGGAAGCUAAGAAAAAAACAAAAAUUAAAGUAUUUAAAAUUAGGUUUCGACCAAUAAUAAUCUAAAUGUACCAUAAAAUAACUUAUAUCUAUAAAGUCCAUAAUAAAAUUAAAUAUAAAGAUCAAAAUCAGCUUCUUCAUAAAAUUAUAAAAAAAGUGUAUAAUAAAAUAACUAGAAUGUUUAAGAUGAGUAAUCUAAAAAUAAUUCAGAAGGAUAAACUUAAAAUUUGGAAUAAAAAAACAAUAAAGUAGACAUCAAAAUAAAUAAUCUUCCUUUAGAAUAUACUAAAAGUGAUUCAAAAGACUAAAAUCCAGAUUAAGUGAUGAAUGAGUCUUAAAAUUUGAUGACAAAAAGCAUAAGACAUUCUAGGCAUAUUCAAAGUGGCGAUUAGACUAAUAGGAAUAAUGCUCUAACUCCUCCUACUUAAAGAAACUCAACAACUAAAAACAGAAAUAGCAGUUCCUAAAUAGCUCCCCAGUAGGUAAAUAAACCUGCUAUUAAAAGAAAUAGCUUCUAUGCAACUUUAGAAACAUUUUAAUCUGAUGACCACCUAGACAAAAAUAAUGAUAAGCAGGAUUCUACUAUUGAAGAAGAUUAUGACGAAGAAGAAGAAAAUAAAAAAAAUUUAAACUUCACUCAAGCUAUAUCACGACAAUCUCCAUGCAAUUCACCAUAAACGAGAUAAUUAAAUUCGAGUGGAAGCACAAGAAAUUUAAAACAAAAUGCAAAUUUCACUAUCACAAGCAGCUAAAAUUAGAAUAUACAAACACCAAAUAGAAUGCUACUUUCUCAAAGAUCCCCUUAAAGAAUACCAAAAAAACAUUAAUACAGGAAGUUAGAUGAUGAAGAGAAUCAAAUUAUGUUUUUAACUAGCGAGCAAGAUUUAAAAAAAGCAAAAAAAAAUCCAAGAAAUUACUGGAUAGGAGACUUUGUUGAAGAUCCUACAUAAUUUUUUUAUAAACUAAGCUUAUAGCCUGUUGAUUAAUAAGUAUCUUUUGCUGAUAGCAUUUAAAAGCUGCUAACAGAUUAUGUAAUUUCUCUUGAUUAUGGAUUAAUGCUUAAAAAAUCAUUAGAAUCUUGCAUUGAUGUAUCUAAGAGCUUAAGAUUUAAUGAAAUUAUGAAUAAUUUACAUUAGCAACUAAUUAGAAAUAUAAACUGCUAAAAGAUCUUCUUCUAUAUUUAUGAUGAAAAGACUAAAGAACUUUGGUCAAAAAAGAGUGAUAAUUCAGUAAUUAGAAUAAAGCCUUAAAGAGGAUUACUAAAACACUUAGUAACAACCCUUGAAAAAAUAAAAGUUGACGACAUUGCAUAUGAUCCUCGUUUUGAUCCAGAGAUAGACUCUAUCCUCCAUCCGGAUAUCAAAAGCUUACUUCUGAUUCCAUUGCUUAAUUAUUAAAAUGGAUUAAUGGGUGUUGUUUAAAUAGUGAAUCUGAACUACAAAAGCAAGGCGAAAUAUAUUUAUGAUCAAAUGAAAGUUGAGAAUAUCAUCAGAGUAUCUGGAAAUAUUAUUUCAAUUGGGAUGAUAUAUGAAUAGAAUUUUUUAAAUAAUUAAAGAAUCUCUAGACUACUUCAAAAUUAUGUUAGGAUGUUAGAAAUCGAAAAAUUAAAUGAAUUAAUGGCAGAAGCAUAAGAAGCACUUAUUGAAAUUUUUGGUACUCAAAAAUGUUUUGUGUAUCUAAUUAAUUCGAACAAUAAACUUGAAAGAUUUACUAAAUAAUACUUAGAAAAUAAUUAAACAUUAACUGAAAAAAGAAUAUAUGAUGAAAAUAAUAACAAUAAAUCCGCCUAAAAUAAAAAAUAUAUUAUCAAUUCAGAAGAGUUUGAAAUAAGAACAGGUAUUAUAGGAUUGAGUAUAACAAGUAAAUAAGAGAUAGAAGUGAUGGAAUAACAGCAACAUCCCUAUUUCAAUCCCUUGACUGAUAUUGAUACUUAUUUACCUACUUAUACAUUACCUAUCAUAUCAAAUAACUAAGUUUUAGGAGCAUUGUAAGUUUCUUAUCUUAAUACUUAGCUUGGUAAAAAAGUGCUUAAGAUGGAUAUUCUCUAUAAAGAAAUUAUGCAAAAUGUUUGUAGCCUUAUUGGACAUUGUAUUGAAAAGCUACUUAAAUAUAACUAAGAAAUCAACUUCAAGUUGUAGGAAUAAAGAAAUUUUUUUGAAAAUCAAAUUGAGUAAAUAAAAACAAAAUAGUUAAAAACAAGAUCAUAUUCAACAAAAUCUGUAGUUUCCCCUGUUAUAUAAUCUAAAACUUCUAGAGGGCCAAUAUAUAAUUCCUAACAACAAAUAUAGAUUUUAAAUAGUUAAAUUAAAAAUAAAAUUUAACAUCAUGAAAAAGAGUAAUAUAAUAAUUCUAACUUAAUUUGUAACCAAUCUAAGUAGUGA